AAUGGGUUGUGUUUGCAAUAGUAAUACUUCCAAGACAUCAAUUUAAAGCACUUAAAUAUCAAUCAAUAUAGCAGAACAAUAUAAAAGUAUGCUCAUUUGAUAUAAUUUGAAGAUAACAAGAAUAUUAAAACGUAGGAUAGUUUAGAAGACCUCUCCUAAUCUCUUUGUAAUAUUGGAUAAGAAAUUACAAGUUUGGGUUAAUUGAGACCAGAAGUUUAAGAAUAAAUAAAUGAAUUGGGAACUUUUAAGGCUAUAGAAUAGAUGGACACUAAUACUUCUAACUACUAAUAUCUUUUAUGUUCUGAUGGUUCUAUAUUUUAUGGUUCAGUGAUAAAUGGGAUUCGUAAUGGAAUAGGAAAAUAACAUUGGUUGACUGAUGGAAAUUAUUUAGAAAGGUAAUAAUAAGGAAGUUAUGUUAGUUUUUGGUAAAAUGAUAAGGCUAAUGGACCUGCUAGAAUGAUCUAUUCAAAUGGAGAUGUGUAAUUUUACUAAUUUAUUUCUAGUUUUGAAGGUCAUCUAAUUGAUAAUAAAGCUAAUGGAUUUGGAGUUUUUAAAAAUAAAAAAAAAGAAGUUAGAGGUAGUUUUUGUUGUUAUUCAGGCUAUUGGAGUGAUAACAGACUCUCAGGUAAUGGAAUAGAAAUAAGAAAAAAUGGAAUAAAAUAUGAAGGUUAAUUCAAAGGUGGAAUUAUUGAUGGGAGAGGUUAGUUUACAUUUCCAGAUGGUAGAAAGUAAUAAGACUAAUAAAUUUUUAGAUAUUGUGGAUAAGUACAAUAAGGUUUGAUGCAUGGACAAGGCUUGAUGACUUGGCCAGAUUUUAGUUAUUUCAAAGGGGAAUUCAGAAAUAAUCAUUUUAAAGGUUAUGGUUGUUAUACAGAUAUAGAUUCUUAGACUUAUUUUGGAUAUGUAAGGAUUUUAGUUCUAUAUUUAGUUUUUUUCAGUUUACCAUUAGGACAUUAAAUAGAUGGAGAUAUUUUAUAGCCAAGAUCAAAAUAUAUAGGAAUGCAACAAGCUCAAAAAAUUUAAGAAAAUAUAUGGGGGAGAACAAUAAUGA